AAUAGAUGGGGGCAUUCUUUCCCUGCGUCUUUGUUCUGUCUGCUGUCUGUCCUAUCCACUCCAGACACAGGUUGAGUCAUUUUGAGCCAAGAUGCCGGAGCAAGCACAAGAGAGAAAAUCCAAGAUAACUGCUUCCCGCAAGCUUAUGCUUAAGAGCUUGCUGUUGGCAAAGGCAAAAGAAGAGUUGGAACAGGAAAUUGUGGACAAGGAGGAAGAAAAGGAACGAUACCUGAGUGAGAGAGUGCCGCCACUGCAGCUCCAUGGCCUGUCUUACAAUCAGCUGCAGGAGCUCUGCCAGGAACUACAUGCUAAGAUUGACGUGGUAGAUGAGGAGCGCUAUGACAUUGAGGCUAAAGUCAUUCACAAUACCAGAGAGAUCCAAGAUCUGAACAUGAAGGUGUUUGACCUGCGUGGGAAGUUCAAACGCCCCGCUCUGAGGCGGGUUCGAGUCUCUGCUGAUGCAAUUUUGCGGUCGCUACUGGGCUCCAAGCACAAGGUGUCCAUGGAUUUGAGAGCCAACCUGAAGUCAGUGAAGAAAGAAGACACAGAGAAGGAGAGACCAGUGGAGGUGGGUGAUUGGAGGAAGAAUGUUGAGGCCAUGUCUGGGAUGGAAGGCAGAAAGAAGAUGUUUGAUGCUGCAAAACCUGGCACCCCACAGUGAAAAGACGAAACUCAUAUACAACUACUGAAACCACAGACUGAACAAAAUGUCCACUGAAGAUUCAGAGUUUACCUAUAAUACAAAUAUCAGUAAGAUGCAGUUUUCCACCCAAUAAGUCCUUUGGAAAGCUCUAUUUUUAGGACAAAUGUCUAUUUUUCAAAUAUUAAAAAAUGUGGUCAUGUUUUAAAUGUGUCAUAGGAUAUGUGUUACAUCUCAUGGAUCUAUUCACAACAUGUGGGUGUAGAGCUACACUAAUGUUGAAAUAAAACUUUUCCAUGAUG